AUGCCACAAUUGCCAGUACUAACCGGAAAACCUGAAAUAAUCACUAUUCCCAACAGUGAACGAGACAAAAAUGAAUUGUUUCAACAACUUAAGCAACAUUUGCUUAGGGGAAAACUAAUUGGUCUACCUACAGAAACUGUAUACGGACUGGCCAGUAAUGGUCUAGACACAUCUGCAAUUGAGUUAAUUUUUCACAUGAAAAAGAGGCCGAUGAAUGAUCCAAUCAUUCUGCAUGUUUUUGAUUUUUCUGUGGCUAUUAAUGAAAUAUUUUCACUGGAUCUAUUUGAGACAGAAAUUGUACAGUUGUUGAGUGAUAAGUUUACGCCCGGUCCUUUGACGAUUGUUGCAAAGGCCAAGGAUUAUAUACCUAAGGUUCUAAGCAACAACACUGGUUAUCAAGGGGUAAGAGUGCCAAGUCAUAGUUUGACAAGGGAGUUUUUGAGGUAUUUAAAAUUGCCUCUGGCUGCCCCAAGUGCAAAUGUAUUUGGUCAUAUCAGCCCUACUACAGCACAACACGUAUUAAAUGAGUUUCCACAGGAAGAAAUUUACAUUAUAAGCGGCGGACCAUCUUCCAUAGGCAUAGAGUCCACUGUUGUAAAACUAUGCCUAAUUGAUGAUGUUUAUACACUGUCAAUUUGCAGGCCCGGUGCAAUUACAUUUUCGAUGAUUUGCGAUGCGUUGUCUAGCAUUAAGGGGCUGAAGAUUAUCCCAAAUGAACGCUUAUUUUUUAACGAUGACAAUCAACAUUUGUAUUCACCGGGGCAACUUUUAACGCACUACUCCCCCAAAUACGCUACCUAUCUACUCAAGCAUAACAAUACCGAUUUGGGUUGUUUUAAAAUUCAAAGCAGCGUUUUGUUUGACAUUUGCGGAGUUUUUGCAAAUUCGGCAGACUCAUUUACGCAUUACAUAAAGCCGAUAGAAUCUGUUACUUUUAAUACUAAUUUAUCAAUGGAAGACGCAGGGACGAUACGUAUGCUCCAGCAGGGGUUAUUUGCCAACCUUAGGAGAUCAGAAGAGCUAGCUUCUAAACUAACCAAUCCAACAAUUUUUAUCUCUUGGUUCCCCAAAACUCAUCUAAGCGAGGCGUUAUAUGAUCGCAUUUAUAGAGCCGCAUCUGGGCAAAUUAAAAUUUUGUCGCACUACUUGAAUCAUAAUUAA